AGCCCAAGUUCUAACUCCUAAGCAUCUAGAGCUGGACUUCACGACUUGGAAACCUGGAACGACGAAGGACCGAGGACCGAUCGACGACUCAGUCGACUGACCGACGUGCGCCGCCAGCCACCGUCAUCCCGCCACCGUCCAACUGACCGGAAUACGCCACGACGCCUACCGCCUGCCUCAGUCCGCAGACUCCGCACUCAAUCCGCAUUUUGAAGUUUGGGGUGGUUACUUUACAAAGAGCUUGCUUCAAGACUGGUCUAAUAUGUGACUGAAGUGGGUUUCAAUGGUUUAUAAAAGGGACAUGCAAUUUUUUUUAUCAGAUUUUAUUCCUUAUUCGAAUCAGAUUUUAGUCAAACUGUCAUUCUAUAUAUUUGUUCCAUUCAACUUCUAUUGUAAUAUGAUUUAGUAAAUCAAGGCUAAUACCCUUUUUGCAUCUUUGUAAGGAUUAGCUCUUGAAACAUGUAUUUUCAUUUUUAAUUGCAGCUAUUUAGAAAUGAUAAGUGUUGAUAUAAUCUAAAUUAUCUUUUAGUUUUUUUUUGUUAUGUAACUAGUGAUGUGAAAGACUAUCUGUUUUAAUUUUUUAACCCUUUUAGCAGCAUUUUGUAAGAUUUUUUUAAAGCUUUUAUCAGGGUUUUGUAAGAAAUGGUUUAUAUAUGUCUGAGUUAAGACUAUGAAACUUUUAUCAGCUUUUUAGAGUUAUGCUUAAAAUAUACUAUGUACUUCCCAUAAAAGACCAAGAAUAAAUACUCCUACCUUAUUGUUUUUUUAAAACUUAUUUGACGUUUUAUUGAAUUCUUUUUCCUGACAAAGUUUCUAGUGUAAUCACUUAAUUGUGUUUAAAAUACUUUCCUCUUUGGAAACAUCCCUGCCCCAAACUUGCACUAAAAAGCAUAAAUUUCCAUCCCCAAUUGAUAUUUUCUUGAAUAACAACACUCAGUACAUUGUCUGAAAAUAGAUUUUGAAGCUUUAUAGAAGUCUGUUAUACUUAAAUAUUCUAUGAAGUAUGUUUUAAAUAUAAUUACAAUAUGAUAUAAGAAUCUUAACUAUAAACUGAAAUUUGCACCCUCAUCUUAUAUAAUGUUUGAGACUUAAUUCUUUUUCUUGCUUAAUCAAUGUCUAAAGCCUUCUUUGUUAAGAGGCGUAGACAAAAUGUACCUCUGAAAAUAAGUUGAAACCAUGGCUGGUGGGUUCUUCUUUAUUUGAGCAUGGACUUAUUCUUGUACCUGGAACACAUAUACUAUAAGGUAUGUUGUGCGAUACUUGUACCUAGAUAAUAACUGUAAGUAGACGUUAUUAAUGAAAUAUGAAGUUACCUUUGAGCUUUCACUUAAUAGUCAUUUCAAAGUUGGAGUAUCCUCCCGACCAUGAGAUUGCACGUUCUAGAUACAAAAUUGUUGUGUCCAUAAUUCCCCUUGUUGUUUUUACCUGAUUAGUAUUUGUCAAUUGUCAAAGCCUGAGACUGCAUCAUACUGUUUGGUUCGGUUGUGAUGACUGAUGAUAAUGCUUGGCUCCUAUGGGUUGUGCACAGACCAUAGUUUUGAAAAAAUAGCGGUAUAUUUGAUCUGGAAAUAAAAAGACUCAUUGCAUACACAGAUAGACUCACUGACUCUAUAUAUGCAUACACUGAUACACAGAACACUAAAACUGAAAGUUCUCAUGCAUUCUAUAUUUUUCCUGAUGUGGUACAUAAUUUAAGCAAUAUAGGAGUUUAUAUUUUCUCAUACAUAAUUUAGCAGUUCAGCCCUUUUCUGAACAGUUAAUUUUAAAGAUUUUGUAAUACAGAAGACACUAUUAGUAAAAUACUGAGUUACCUGUCAUUUAAGCCUCACUUAAUUCCCCAUGUUGGUUUUACUUGAUUAAUAUUGUUAUCAUACUCCACAAUGCCUCAAAAUAUAAUCAUCGCAGCUCACAAAACUUAUUAAUUAGAUCACAGCCUUAGGCAGUUAGGUGCUUAGGUUGCAUCGUAAUGUUCUGUUUUGAUGACUGAUGAUAAUGCUUUGAAUGCUAUGGAUUAUUUAUAGCACGUAUUUGUAUGUAACAAUGUCUAUAAUGACGUAUAUAUUAAUGCAGAGAAUUGACCGUUCUUCAGUUAAGGCAUCGCGACGUCUUCAUGGGAAACAAAAAAACAAAAAAAAGAAAGUUCACAGAGGCCUCUACUUCUCAUGCUUCUCCUAAACGAAGCAAAGUGUCCAGAGAGUCACCUCCACCACAACACUUGAUCAAGUAUCAAGAUAUGCGAUUGAAUCAUAGGAAGAAGUUCUAUAUUAAUGAUGACUGUGGGAGUCAAAAUAAGUAUAUUGAAAUACUAAACUGGUUGAGGACAAUGGGAUCCCUCAAUGGAAGUGUUUUUGAAGGUAUUGCGAAUCUGAAUUGGUGUGAAGGAUUCCCUCUGGUAGAGAUUGAAGUUUUAACCCCCAAGGGCAUUUCAACCAAAUUUAUAAUUGCCAAGAAUAGUUUGUAUUUGAUUGCAUUUUGUGCUGAUGAUCAGUGAUCCCAAUUUGCCAAAUUUGGGUUUCAGAUUGACACUUGCAUUGUCCUCAAAGACCAUAAAGGGGAUUAUACCGGAGAGCCCUGGAAGCAUCUCGGGCCUAAGCCGAUGAUAGAAGCAAUAGAUUUCCUUGCUACGUAUGUUCCAGACGUUAAUGGGGAUAUGUCUUUUUUCAUUUGUGCAUGUGAAGUGUUCUUUGUCCAUUUGAGUGAGGCUGCGAGAUUUUAUCCAAUUCAGUCUAUUGUCAGUAGAAGCCCAGCACCUAGGAUGGAUAGGUUUGACAAACGUACCUAUGAAGAUGAGGAGAUGGCUCUUCUUGAUGCGGGCGGUGGCAAAAACAUUAAACAUGAAGAUGAUAUAUAUUCAUUGGUGAAAGGGGUUGGCCCUAUUGAUAUGAGUCUGAGCGUUCCUACCCCAGACUACAUUGAGGUGCUGUUGAAGAAAUACAACCACUUGAGUAAAGUUUGGUACGUGUAUGCAUUGACACGAAGAAAUAUAUUUGAAAUGAGAGUUGCGGAUGUCUCAAAGUUUCAUGUGAGAUCAAGAAAGAGCUUGCGAUGUGCUAUUGCAGUUUUGUGCAACAUAAACUUAGAAAAAAAUUUAAGGGAAUGGAAGAAAAAGAUUGGGAGUAAGAUAACGGCUAAAUGUACAAGGAG